CGGGCUCCGGUUGCUCCUCCCGGCGCUGCGCGGGGGGCGGCGGGGAAGCGUGCGGCUCCCCUCAGGCUGCGCCUCCCCUCAGGCCGCGGCGGGAGCCCGGGCCCGCGGCAGGCCGUGCCCGGUACCGUGAGGGAAAGAUGGCCUCUCGGAGGAUCACCCGCGACUCGUUCGAGGCCGUGGUGCAGGACAAGGUGAAGCGGUACCGGAGCGGUGCCGCGGGGGAUCCCGGCCAUCGUUUCCCAGCUCCCUCCCGGCUGCCCCGGCCCCGCUACCACGAGAGCUUCCAGCACGACGGGCGCUUCCCUCCGGCCGACUGCCAGCACCAGGACUGGAGCCAGGAGCCCGGCGAGGAUUACCCCGGGGAGGAGUAUCCAGGGGAGAGCUACCCCGGGGAGGAUUACCCCGGGCAGAGCUACCCCGGCCCUUCCUACCGCGCCGCCAGCCCCCUGCCCCGCAAGGAGAAUUAUUUCCACGGACGCUUCUCCCGCCCCGCGCCCCGCGAGCGGGAGUUUGGCCAGGAUUACAGGAAAUUUGGCCGUGCGGCCGCCCCCAGCAGGGAGUUUGGGCAGCACCCCGCUCCCCGCGGCCGCGACUACGGGCAGCAGGAGUACCGGGAUUACGGCCCCUCCCCGGAUUGCUGGGAGCCUGGCGGGCAGCGCGCGGCGGGGUUCGGCUCCCCGGAGCUCCUGGGGGAUUUCAGGUCCCCCGGGCUGAUGGAGGAGGAGGAGUACGGCAGCGUGGAGGAUCAGGAGUACGAGGCCGAGGACGGCGAGUUCCGGGCGCGCAGGGGAGGCGCGGGCAGGGCGAGAGGGCUCAGGGGGAAACGCCUCAGCAGGGGCGUGCUGAAGGCCAAGCCGUUCAAAGGAGACCUCAAAAGCCCCCUCAAGAAGUGGAGUGUGAAGAAGGCGCAGCCGGGCCUGGAUCCCAAAGCUCUGGAGCAGCCUCUGGAAACGGGUGAGCAGAGGCCGGGGCCCCUCCAGCAGCAGCCCAAGCUGCCCCCGCACCCCGUGGCGCCCCAGAGAGCCGUCCUGAGGCUGCCAAAGCCCGCCCACGUCUUCAGGAACCUAAACCUCGACCUGGUGGACAAGUCGGACAUCUUCUCCACCUUCGGCAUGGAGAUCAUCAGGUGGGCCGGGUUCCACGCCGUCCGCAGCGACGCCGAGUUCUCGCGGCUCUUCGGGGCCCUCUUCGAGCUGGAGACCGAGACCUGUGCCAAGAUGCUGGCCUCCUUCAAGUGCUCCCUGAGGCCCGAGCACAGGGAUUACUGCUUCUUCACCAUCAAGAGCCUGCAGCACGCCGCCCUGAAAACGCCCAAGGUGGACAACGAGUUCCUGAACAUGCUGCUGGACAAGGGCGCCGUGAAAACCAAGAACUGCUUCUUUGAGAUCAUCAAGCCCUUCGACAAGUACAUCAUGAGGCUGCAGGACCGCCUCCUCAAGGGGGUGACCCCUCUGCUGAUGGCCUGCAACGCCUACGAGCUGAGCCUCAAAACCAGCGGCUUCGGCAGCCCCCGCGAGAUGGCCGGCGCCUUCGAGACCACCGUGUCCCUGUGCAGGAAAUCCCUGGCCCUGCUGGGCCAGACCUUCGCCCUGGCCUCCGGCUUCAGGCAGGAGAAGAUCCUGGAGGCCGUGGGGCUGCAGGAGAUGGCCCCGGCGCCCACAGCCUUCCCCAACUUCGACGACUCCACGCUCUUCGGCAGGGAGUACAUCGAGCACCUGAAGGUCUGGCUGGACAAGAGCGGCUACCCCAUCCAGAUGAGAAAGGCAGCGGCAGGAGCCGGGGAGCAGCUCAGAGCAGCCUCCCCCGAGGCCAGAGCCCCCCAGCGAGCUGACAGGAGGGUUCUGGACACCAUUGAGCAGCUGGUGAGCAGCAUCGUGGCAGGAACUUUGUCUGCCAAGGACAGGAAUGCCCAGAAAAACUCUCCUGAAUACUGGUUCCUGUCCGAGGAGGACAGCCUGGAGUACAAGUACUACCGGCUGAGGCUGUCGGAGGUGCAGAGGAGCAGCCUGGCAGGGGAGGCAGCAGCCCCCGAGGCCCUGAGGGCCAUGCUCUAUGCCAGGAGGGUGGCCAGCAUCAAAAGGAGACUUUUCAAGAGGAAAAAACCACCUGGGCUUGUCCCUGCCCGUGGCAGGAAGGUGAGGAGGGCGAGCGCUGGCACCCAGACCCUGCUGUCGGCGGGCACAGGAGCGAAGCACCCCGAGCAACACCUGUCAGCUGGCACGGGAGUGAAAUGUUCAGACAGAAAUGUUCCAGCUGGCAGGGGAGUGAAACACCCAGACAAAAAUGUUCCAGUGGGCGCAGGAGUGAAACACCCAGACCAGAAUCUGUCAGCUGGCACAGGAGUGAAACAGGCAGAGCAAAAUGUGUCAGGUGGCACAGGGCUGGAACAGCCAGACAGAAAUGUUCCAGCUGGCACAGGGCUGGAACAGCCAGACCAAAACCUUGCAGCUGGCACAGGAGUGAAGCAGCCAGAGCAAAACCUCCCACCUGGCACAAGGCUGGAGCAGCCAAACCAGAAUUUGUCAGCUGGCACAGGAACGAAACACCCUGACCAAAGUGUGUCACCUGGCACAGGGCUGGAGCAGCCACACCAAAACCUUGCAGCUGGCACAGGAGUGAAGCAGCCAGAGCAGAACCUUGCAGCUGGCACAGGGCUGGAACACCCAAAUCAAACCCUCCCAGCUGGCACGGGGCUGGAGCACCCACACCAAAACAUUCCAGGUGCAGAGGCUGGCCUGGCCCAGCCUGGCCCCGGUGCCACCUGUGCCCCACAAGGUGCCAGCAGCAGCUCCCAGGUGCCCGUGGCAGCAGAGGGAAGAGCAGACCCUGAGGGUUUGGCAGCAGAUCCUGAGCUCCCCCCAGCACUGGCAUCACAGUUUGCUGAUGUGGAUGCCAAAACCAUGGAGACUGCAGAGAAGCUGGCCAGGUUUGUGGCUCAGGUAGGGCCGGAGAUUGAGCAGUUCAGCAUUGACAACAGUGCAGACAACCCCGAGCUCUGGUUCCUGCAGGACCAAACCAGCCCCGCCUUCAAAUUCUACCGCAUGAAAGUGCUGGAGCUGUGUCCCUCCAUCACCUUCAGCCCCGAGGCUGCCGAGGCUGCCCGAGCUGCAGGGACAGCCCCGGACACCGAGGAGGACGACGAGGAAGAGGAGGAGGAAGAGGAAGAAGAAGAGGAGGAAGAAGAAGAAGAGGAAGAAGCAGAGUUUGAACCCUCCCAAGCUGAUGAGGAGGAUGAGGAUGAUGAGGAGGCCGUGGCAGCAGGUAGAAGGGUGACAGAGCUAGAGGAAGAAGUGGUGUCCGUGGCAGGAGAGGAGGUGUCAGGAGGUGACGUGCAGCCCUGCGGCCGCUCUGACGGCGCUGUCCCAACUCUGUCGACACAGGCACCCCCCGGCCCGGGCCCCGGCGCGCGCUUCCCCCGCAAACGCGUCAGCUCCAAGUCGCUGAGGGUGGGCCUGAUCCCGGCCCCAAAACGGAUCUGCCUCGUCCAGGAGCCCAAAGUGCAUGAACCUGUCAGGAUUGCUUAUGACAGACCCCGGGGCUGCCCUGUCACAAAGAAAAAAAAGAAGCCCAGGGCGCUGGAGGUGCCCCAGAAGAGGCUGAGCCCCAGGAACGUGGGGUUCCAGAUGCUGCAGAGGAUGGGCUGGCAGGAGGGGCACGGGCUGGGCACGCGCGGCCGCGGCAUCCGCGAGCCCCUGCACCUGGGUGCAACCUCAGCUGGGGAGGGUUUGGGAGUGGCAGGGGAGGAAAACCAAGAAGAUGCUUUUGACAUUUUCCGCCAGAGGAUGAUCCAGAUGUACAGACAGAAAAGGGCAAACAAAUAGCUCCAGGCUCUCUUCCAUGAAGACCCCCGGGCCCCCUCCCCUCCCUCCUGCGCUGUCUCUGCUGCGUUUGCUCCGAUUUGCCCGGGAUCC